ACCAAUUUUCUGUUCUUUCGUCAUCAGUGAGCGCUAGAAAUAAUGACGAUUGAAAAUGCGACAAACAAUUAGUCAAUGGACAAACCACGAUGGAUCCAAAUGUUAGUAGUCAAGUUUUGAGGGAAUUUGGCAGUGAGCAGAAUUUGUUAUCCAAGCCAGACGGUUCAGCCACAUUUGUUCAAGGGGACACCAGUGUGUGUGCAGGAGUAUAUGGGCCAGCUGAAGUAAAAGUUAGUAAGGAGAUCUAUGAUCGGGCAACUUUGGAGGUUCUCAUCCAUCCCAAAGUGGGGGUGACAAGUGUCAGGGAGCGCGCAAGGGAGCAGUGUGUGCGGGAGACAUGUGAGGCCACUCUGCUCUCCACCCUUCAUCCUCGUUCCUCUCUCACACUCGUCCUUCAAGUGGUGCAUGAUGAUGGCUCACUGUUGUCGUGCUGCCUAAAUGCUGCCUGCAUGGCACUGCUGGACGCUGGGCUGCCCAUGGGACACCUCUUCUGCGGUGUGACUUGUGCUAUUGACUCAGAGGGCUUCAUCAUUGCUGACCCCACGGCUCAACAGGAGAAGGAGAGUCGUGCGCUAAUGACCUUUGCAAUUGACAGUAAAGAGAGGAAUGUCAUGAUGUCAUCAACAAAAGGUUCUUUCUCAGCCAAAGAGCUGCAGCAGUGUAUAGCAGUCAGCCAGAAGGCUUCUGAGCACAUCUUCCAGUUUUAUAGGGAUUCUGUGAAACGGAGAUACUCCAAGAUACUAUGAUAUUAUUUCUGUUUCUUGUUUUCAUAUUAAAUGUAAUUCUUUAUGGUUCAA